UUGCGCGUCUCCGCAUUAUUUAGGGUUUGUCGAUGGUCCAGGGGUUUGGUGGUGGCCGCCGCAGCUUGUGGCACUGCGCGGUGUUCAGAGGCGGAGGGAAAUUUCUCUGUGGGAUCUUUACGUCGGAGGAGAGAGAUUCACCAAUACGUGGCUUGGCACUGUCGGAGGUUGCGGAGUUUUGGUUCGUUGUACGGUUCACAGUGGUUGCUGCAUCAGGGUAUGCGUUAGGAUGGUUGAACUGCAAUUUAACAGCCUCUUCGGUAUCCUCUACGACAAAAGUUCUGGAGAGUGACUUGUGUAUUAGGUGUGUUAUUGGUAUAUUCUCCAACGCUUGGUGCAUGUGUAUUUGAGGAGCGGCGCUGUGCGAGUCGUGGUGGAUCAUUUGCGGACAAUCUGAACGAUGAGACGUGAUUUUCUUAAAACCUGAUUGAGAAACGGCAAUCUUACUUGUCAUCCUUGCGUCGGCGGCAGUUUGUUGAAUUGCAAUUUAACUUCUUUCGGUAUCCACUAUGACAAAAGUUCUCUAGAGUGACUUGUGUACUUUGUUACAUAGAUAUUUUAAAUGUUUGAGCUUUGCAUCUUGUUGGUAGAUUAUUUCAUUUUUGUGUAAAAGUUUUAGGUAGAUUUCUUUAAGUAGAAGUAAUUUAAGGUUUUGAUGUUUGACAUAGGAUUAGUAAUUUUUAACAUAGGUUGAAAUGAGAUUAUUAAAAAUAUGUACAUAAAUUAAGUGAUGGUUUGGUUUUAGAAGUAUAGAUUCAUUUUUUUUGGAUAAAAAAAUGGUAUGGUUUGUGGAACAAUUCAUCUAAAAGAGUUUGAGAAGAUUUUUUGAAAUUCUAAAUACAUUUAACAUGUUCUCUACAUGUGGUGAGAAGGUGAAAUUGAUUUUA